AUGACUAACAUUGAACCGGCGAACGAAGAUAACAAUAUAUUGUUACAAUGGAAGAGAAUCAACAAUCAAGCUGGUCCAAUGCCCAGGCCGAGGCACGGACACAGAGCUGUGGCCAUUAAAGAUUUGAUUGUUAUUUUCGGAGGAGGAAACGAAGGAAUAGUCAAUGAGUUAUCCGUUUACAACACAUUAAAAAAUCAGUGGUUCGUUCCGGCUUUAUCCGGUGACAUUCCUCCGGGAUGUGCCGCAUACGGAUUCGUGGUGGAUGGAACCAGGAUGUUAAUGUUCGGUGGAAUGGUAGAAUAUGGGAAAUACUGGAACGACUUGUACGAGCUUCACGCGAGCCGAUGGGAAUGGAGAAGAUUGAAUCCUGUUCCGCCGGAAGACGAUUUUCCACCGUGUCCGAGAUUGGGUCACAGUUUCACACUCAUCGACAACAAAGUUUAUCUGUUUGGAGGAUUGACGAGAGAAGAUUUGUAUCAGAAUUCAAAGGAAGAAAAUCCCACGCCCAUGUAUUUGAACGAUUUGUACACGUUGAAAUUGUGUCCGGACGGAAGCGUCAUGUGGGAUAAACCUAAAACGUACGGAGAGCCACCUUCGCCUAGAGAAAGUCAUUCGGCAGUGGGUUACACCGACAAAGAAGGAAAAUCCCGUCUUAUCAUAUACGGUGGAAUGUGCGGACGUAGACUGGGAGAUGUUUGGUCUUUGGACAUAGAAACGAUGACGUGGUCUCAACCUGUUUUAUUCGGAUCCGUUCCACUGCCAAGAUCGCUUCACACCGCGUCUCUAAUAGGUCAUAAAAUGUUUAUUUUCGGUGGUUGGGUUCCUCUCGUCGACGAGAACAGAGACGAAAAUCAAGAAUGGGAACACGAAAAAGAAUGGAAAUGCACCAAUUCUUUGGGAGUUUUAAAUUUGGAAACUUUAAGAUGGGAAGAUUAUCAGAUUGGAGAGAACAGGCCGAGGCCGAGAGCCGGUCAUUGCGCGACCGUCGUACGGAAUCGGUUAUACAUAUGGUCCGGAAGAGAUGGUUACCGUAAAGCAUGGAACAAUCAAGUUUGUUGCAAGGAUUUGUGGUUUUUGGAAGCCGAAAAACCUGCAGCCCCUGGUAGAGUUCAACUCGUUCGUGCUAUGACAAACUCUUUAGAAGUGAAUUGGACUCCCAGCCCGAACGCUGAUUCAUACAUAUUACAAAUUCAAAAGUACGACAUGCCUCCGGCUCCCGCUCCGGUCGCAACUCCAGUAUCGACUCCCGCUCCCGUAUCAUCCUCUGGACCUGUCCCAGCAAAACAAAUUCGUUUAUCCGGCAGUAGUCCUCCCUACAAACCGAUGCAAACUCAAAUAAAACUUCCUGCUACUGGUCUUCAAUCGCCACCCCGGACGCCAGUUUUACAAACAUCUCAAGCACAAGGAACAACCAAAGCCGGCACUUUAUCUGGUAUUCAAACAUUGGCCGCGGCCGCUGCGGCAACGCAAAAAAUAAACACUCCGGGACAGACUCCGAUUCGAGUGGUUCAAGCUGGCACCACGUUGACCGGUCAAGCAAUUAAAGUCGGAGGGAUUCAACAAGAAGGCAGUGUGAAAAUUGCUGGAGUUUCACAAGCCGGAGUCGUGAGACCUGCCGGAACCGUUCUUAAAACAAUAUCACAAUCAGGACAAAAGCAACAAAUCAUAUGGCAAAAAUCCGGCACUGGAGGUCAACCGAUUCUCGUUCAAAAGCAAGGAGGAACCGUUACCACCCAAAGCGGACAGCAAAUCAUUGUUCAAAAAGGAGGAACCAUACCGGCGGGAGCUCAACAAGUUCUGGUUCAAAAACCGGGAUCAGGCGGUGGGCAACAAGUAAUUUUACAAAAAGGAAGCACGGUUCAAACGGCGGGAGGAAAGCAAUUCAUUUUACAAAAACAAGGGGGACAAACGGUCGGAGGACAACCGCAAAUUAUUCUACAGAAGCCGAGCGGAACCGGUCAGACUCAAUAUGUAACAUUAGUUAAAACUAGCCAAGGCACAACAGUAGCUCAAAUGCCAAAAACAGUUAGCAUACAUGGAAAAACAGGAGGGACGACGCCGGUUUCCGGAACUGCUCAAGGGCUACCCAAAUUCGUCAAAUUGGUUCAACCCGGUCAAGGAGGAGGAACGCAAAUUAUAAAAACAUUACCAUCGAACGUAGUCAUGCAGGGCGCCGGAGGAAAGCAAACCGUGUUCAUAGCGAAACCGGGAGGUGGUCAGCAACAAAUAAUCGUGUCAUCCGCCGGUUCGGGCAUCAGAACAGUACAAGGUAUAACGACAUCAGCGGGAACUCAACAAAUAAUAGGAACAUCCUCGUCGGGAGUGAACAUCAUAUCUCCCGGUCAGACGGUGACGACGGCAGACGGAAAGAAAAUGUACAUUGUUUCCAAGACCCAAUCGGGAACGGGAAGGCCCAUACAAAUCGGAGUGCCCGGUCAGCAGGGGAAAACGGUCACGCUGGCACAAAAGCGAACCGUCGGCGGACAAAUAAUCGGUCAACAUCCUUCGAUAACAAUCGGAGGAAAACAGGUGAACGUGGCAGGAGGGCAGAAAAUGAUCGUUCAAACGCUCGGACAAAAGCAAGGGAGUUCGGGCAUAGUGCAAGUCGGAGAAGGCGGAGUUCAGCGCAUAAUGGUCAUGCCUAGGACGACGGCGACAACCGCCGAAGGAGUUGCAACAACGGAUUCAGCGUUGGCGGCUCUCGCGGCCGAAGCGGGACUCACGGAAGACGAUCAAGGAGAAUUAAUCGCGGGAGAUUUAGACGGUGCGGAUGCGGAAAUGUAA